AUGAAUAACGAUUGGGCGACUGAGUAUGGGAACCAGUGCACCUACGAGCUCAAGGCUAGCUCGGCCAGCUCGGCCAGCUCGAGCAGCACUAACUCGACAGCUCUGCCACGAGAUGGCAGCUUUGCUUCUCCGGUCUCGCAGAAGAACGGCCUGACGGCCAAGGAGCUUAAGCGACUCUCCUUGCAAAGCGCCCAGUCGCGUAGCUUCGGCAAGGGCGACUACGGCGUCGAUGUGACUACCCAAGCCAAGGGAUUCAAGGUCUUCUACCCCGGUACCUAUAACUAUUCCUUUGAGCUCCCUAUCGAUCACUACCAGCUCGAGGUCAUAAAGCUGCAGUACGGUUCUGUAAAAUGGGAGCUCCACGUGAGCGUCAUUCUCGCUGGCAUCUUCAAGCCGAAUCUGCACGGUAUGAAGGAGGUGUCCAUUGUGCGGUUGCCGGACCCGAUGUCGCUCGAGACGACAGCCCCCAUCUCUAUCAGUCGCCAGUGGGAGGACCAGUUAUACUAUGAUAUCAUCAUCUCGGGGAAGAGUUUCCCUAUUGGGUCAAAGAUACCUAUCGCUUUCAAACUCACGCCCUUAGCAAAGGUUCAAGUCCAUAGUGUCAAAGUGUACGUGACCGAAUCCAUUGAAUACUGGACUGAGGACAAGCUCGCCACAAGAAAAGACCCGGAGCGCAAGAUUCUUCUGUUCGAAAAAUCCGCCGGCAAAGCCCUGGACCCGACAUGGGCCUCCUCAGAAAUCAACACGCUCUGUGGCGGCGAGCCGAGCGCACAAGAGCGGCGCGAGGCACGAGGAAUUGCGCAACAAAGACGGAACGUUGAAGCCUCACGAGCGCACACAUCACCCGAGCCAUUGCCGGAGCCGACUACGAGUCUACUGGGCGACCUUGACUUAGGGCUUGAGGGUCUGUGGGGAUCAACGGAGAUUGAGGUCAAUGUGCAGAUCCCGACUUGCAAGAUGAUGAUCAAGAACAGGGACCUGAGGCUGCAUCCGGACUGCAGCUGGAAGAAUGUUAAUGUCUACCAUUGGUUAAAAAUUGCCAUGCGGAUUAGUCGAUUGGAUCCUGAAGAUUCCACGGGAACCAAGCGACGACGUUUUUCAAUCAGCACUGACUCUCCUUUUACAGUCCUCAAUUGCCGGGCCACACAGGCUAAUAUCAACGUGCCCGCAUACUCUGACCUAACUGGCCACUCAGCGCCACAUCAGUCAGCAUGCGGCUGCCUGGAUGCCGCUUCGAUCGCUAUGGACAGUUCUCUAAACCGGCACACGGGGACACAGACUAGUGCUGAUAUGGUCAACGACGUGCUACCUGUUCCUCAUCAAACUGCGCAUCUAUCUAACUCGACCAUUAUUCCUGCCAGCGAGCCGCAAAGCCUAAUAGAUGCGACUGUGAUUGGGCUUGGUAUUCGGGGAGAGCCUCGGCCGAUUCAUCUGCUUCGAGCCCCGAGCUUCAGCCCUCCGGCCUUUAACAGCGAUAUAGCGCCGCCACCUGCCAUUUUCAUUCAGAAUACCGUUGCUACGGAGACUCCAGUAGUUUCGCCACCUCCACAGUACGACGUCGUGAUAAGGUCUCAUUUUUUGUUGAGCCGGAUCGACACUUUGUUCCUCUUUCCACUACGUGACAUUGUGCUUGAAACCUACCCUUCUUCGUGUUAA